AUGGAGAGGAGCAAGGCAAGUUCUCCCAACCGCGGGCUCAUUGGCACUGUGGAGGCCUGGAACUGCAUCACCAUAGCCCACUCACACGACACAUCACUGAAUUUAAAUUUUUUAAAUCCAUUCUUCACAAUCUGUCCAAACACCCUCACAGGGCCAACUGAUCAAUGCCUUUUAGCAUUUCUUUGUCCACAUUUCCUUUUCCCCUGCUUAGCUUUUUCUCAGGAUACCCUCUACCCCUUUGGACCAGCUCACAGGGAUUUAGAAACCCCUAAGAUGGAUGAUGGCAGUUCUUCAGAGAUUCCACUACUAAUUCCGUUCAUAUUCUUAAAUGUGCCUUAUAGGUCCCUUUAUGUCAACAACAAUGGAGUGAUCUCCUUCAACAUUCAGGUGAGUCAAUUCACUCCAGAGGCUUUUCCCCUCAGUGACAGCCGUUGCUUCAUUGCCCCUUUAUGGGCUGACGUGCAUAAUGGUAUCCGUGGGGAUGUGUACUACCGUGAGACAACAGACCCAGAGACCCUGGAGAGGGCCACUCAGGAUGUCAGAAAGUAUUUCAAGAAUAUGGUGUCCUUCACUGCCACCUGGGUCUUCAUUGCUACCUGGAAUCAGGUCACCUUUUAUGGAGGCAGCCAGACAACGCCGGUAAAUACAUUUCAGGCAGUUUUGAUCUCCGAUGGACAAGCUUAUUUUGCUAUGUUUAACUAUGGAGAGAUCAGCUGGAGCACAGGCACGGCUAGUGGAGGAGACCCUCUUACGGGCCUGGGAGGAACCACAGCACAGGCAGGUUUUAAUGGUGGAGAUGUCAGCCAUUUCUUCAACCUUCCCGGAUCACGCUCGAAUGAAGUGGUCAACAUUGAACAGACCACUAAUGUUAACGUGCCUGGACGGUGGUUCUUCCGCAUUGAUGCUGACCAGAUAGACCCAGUAAAUGGCUGCAGCUACAUUGGGCGGUUUUACCGGCGUGGGGAGGUUUUCUGGUUAUCAGACCAAUGCACUCAGCGAUGCAGGUGUCUUGAUCUGGAUAAUGAGGUCAUCUGCCAAGAAACUCCAUGUGGUCAGUUAGAAACCUGUGAACAGGUGGAGGGGGCUUACUACUGCCAGCCUACCCGUACCAGCACCUGUGUGGUGUUUGGAGACCCCCACUACCACACUUUCGAUGGAUUUCUUUAUCAUUUCCAGGGCACUUGCUCAUACCUGUUGGCUCGUCCAUGCUGGGAAAUGCCUGGUUUGCCCUUCUUCAGUGUGGAGGCCAAGAAUGAGAACCGUGGUGUGACCACUGUGUCCUGGCUACGGGAUGUGACAGUAGAGGUGUACAACCACCGUGUCACACUUCCCAAAGGGACUCUGGGAACUGUGCAGGUGGAUGGCUUGAUAAAGACUCUCCCUGUUCAACUUCAACUAGGCGCUGUCAAGGUAUACCAAUCUGGCGUUGCUGUCGCUUUGGAAACAGACUUUGGUCUUUUGGUGACCUAUGACGGAUUGCACUACGCCUCCAUCUCCCUCCCCAGCUCUUAUUUCAACAACACUUGUGGUCUAUGUGGUAACUACAACGAUGACCCCGCAGAUGACCCCGUGUUGCCAGAUGGCUCUUUGGCAGAGAGCGUAGUGGAACUGGGUGGUAGCUGGCGAGCUGAGGACACAGAUUUUCGUUGUACAGAUGGCUGUGCCCAGAAUUGUAGCAUGUGUGAACCGGCAGCCGAAGCGUUCUACUUUCGCUCAGACUACUGUGGGCUGAUCAAUAAGACUGAUGGGCCUUUCAGAGACUGCAGAGCUGUGGUAGACCCCACAGCAUUUGUGUACAGCUGUGUUUAUGAUAUGUGCAGCAAUCGUGAUAACAUCACCACCCUGUGCCAGGCUAUACAGGCAUAUGCACUUGCAUGCCAGGCCUUGGGAGUCACUAUACGACCCUGGAGAUCACGCUCGUUCUGUGCAUUGACAUGCCCUGAAAACAGCCACUACCAAGUCUGCACGAGUGCAUGUCCUGCCUCCUGCUCCGACCUGACAUCUCACCUCUACUGUACCCAUCCAUGCACUGAGGGCUGCCAGUGUGACCAGGGCUAUGUGCUUAGUGGCAGCCGAUGCGUCCGUCGCUCUGAGUGUGGAUGUGAACGUGACGGUCUGUACUAUGCCCUAAAUGAGACCUUCUGGGCAGGGGAAGGGGGUGAGGUGGGUGAAGAAUGCUCCCAGCGUUGUGUGUGUGGCCCAGCAGGUGAAGUAACAUGCUUCAGUGACUCUUGUGGUGAAGGCGAGGUGUGUGUAGCAGAAGUUGGGUUGUUGGGAUGUUACCCUCGUCGUGAAGCAGUAUGUUCGCUGUCUCAGUCUCAAAUACUGGCUACGUUUGAUGGGUCCACAAUGUCGUUCCCUGAUGAGAGCUCAUUCUACCUGGUGAAGACUUUGGGACGCUUGCCUGCAAAUGUUACAUCAGUGGAGGUGAAGAUUGGCAGGAAGCUGGGGAAUAAGGGCCCUACAUGGCUACGGCCAGUAGUCGUUAGGGUGGGACAUUUGGAAGCACAGAUAGGUGGCUUGGAUUUUGACAUGAUAAAGGUCAACGGUGAACCAGCUAUUCUUCCUUACGUCCAUCCAGUGGAGCCUUUAAUGAUAUACCGGUCCUCUGGUAAUGCCACGGUGAUUGAGUGGAGUGGUUUAGUCCGCACCCGAUACUCACGUCAGGGCCUGCUAAACAUCACUCUCUCCACCCUCUUUUACAACACCACCUGUGGUCUUUGUGGUUUCUUCAACGGAGAUCCAAUUGAUGACCUCCGUCUACCUAGUGGAAGGCAGGCCGAUACACCCGAACAGUUUAUUGAAGGCUGGAGAGCCAUUGCGGAUGAUCUGACAUGCAAUGGCGACUGUGAGGACUUGUAUCGUAUGUGUACAGAUUUAAGGCUGUACAAGAGCCCGUGGCUGUGUGGAAACAUCAAUGACCCAGGAAACAGCUCGUUCCUGGCUUGCCACACAGCUGUUAAUCCCUCUCCUUUCUUCAGGAACUGCCUCUACAACAUGUGUGUGAUGGAAGGAAACCGUUCUGCCCUGUGUAACUCCCUCCAGGCAUAUGCUUCAGCUUGCCAGGAUGCGCAGAUCAACUUGGGAGCCUGGAGGAGUGCUACCAACUGCCCUCUUCCCUGCCCAGAAAACAGUCAUUUCGAUGAGUGUACAUCUGCAUGCCCUCUCACUUGCUCUAACUUGGAUGAUCCUGAGGAGCCAUGCCCUAUACUCUGCUCAGAGGGCUGCCAGUGUGAAGAGGGAUUUGCCCUCCGUGAUGGCAUCUGUGUGGCACGUAGCGACUGUGGCUGCUUCUACCUGGGCCACCAGCUAGCCACCAAUGAGACAUUAUGGACAGACUGGGAGUGCCAGGAGCGCUGCUACUGCAACGGCACAGACAACAGUGUCUACUGCACCUUCUCACCCUGUCACCCAGAGGAGUACUGCCAGGAGAAUGAAGGCCUGUUUUUCUGUCAGCCAAGGACAGUGGCCAUGUGUGUUGUUGCUGGUUAUGGACACUUUUUGCCAUUUGGAGGUGUACCAUUUGACAUCCAGAGCAGCUGUACUCUUCGUCUGGCCACUACUGAGUGUGGAGAGGGGGACGAGGAAGGCUUUGGGGGACUAGACAGUGCAGAGACAGUUCUGGGAGGACUGCCCAGGUUCCAGUUUUCAGCUCGGAAUGAAGAGAGAGACACAGCCCAGGCUAUAUGGGUGUGGGGAUUUGUUCUGGAGGUCUAUGGAUAUGAAAUUGAGGUGUCACGAAGUUUCAAACACACAGUCACGGUGAAUAAAGAGCGCCUGUAUCUGCCUAUAAAACUUGGUCCAGGGAAAGUUAACAUCUACACCCUUGGUCUGCAGUUACUUGUGGAGACAGACUUUGGUCUGAAGGUGGCUUUUGAUUGGAAUACUCUACUGCUUCUGACUCUUCCUCGCAGUCUAUUUAACGCCACCUGUGGGCUCUGCCAAGGAAUGCCCAUUACUGGUCCCGCACUAAGUGUCACAGAAUGGGGCAUGGCAUGGGCAGAACGUGACACCUUCUGCCAAGUGGGUUGCGGGGACUCUUGCCCUCGCUGUGGAUUGGCUGAGAGGGGCCUAGCUGCUGAGGUCCCCGCCCAAGUAACAGAUGCUGUUGGUGACAUGGAUAACGGUAACCCAGGAAACCGUUUCCACCUUGCUGAAGGGCUGUAUGUGUAUGUCGAACCUGAGGCGGUGAGAUUAUGUGGACUUAUAAUAGACCGCGGAGGUGUGUUUGCACGCUGUCACAGCAAAGUGGCACCAGCAUACUUCUACCAGAGCUGUCUGCAGGAUACAUGUGUAGAUCAAGGUGCGAGAGAGACCAUCUGUAAUUGGCUACAGAUUUAUGCCAGUACCUGUCAGACACAAGGAGUAUCUGUCAUUGGCUGGAGAAGUUCCACACCUUGUGUGCUGUCGUGCCCCGUGAACAGCCACUAUUCCAGCUGUAUGAUGGUGUGCCAGCCGCAAUGUGCCCCUGCACGUGGACAGAAAGACUGUAACCAGUACUGUGUUGAGGGGUGCCAGUGUGACCAAGGCUAUGUGCUCAACGGCAAGAGCUGUAUCCUCAGUCAGAACUGUGGAUGCUACACGGAUGGUAAAUACUAUGAGCCUAAGCAGUUGUUCUGGAACAGUGACUGCACUAAACGCUGUCAGUGUAUUGGACGGAAUCUGAUUCAGUGUGACCCACGGCGAUGUAAAGCAGAGGAGGAAUGCAUCCUACGUCAUAGUGUGCGAGGAUGCUUUGCCCGACGUAAUCAACACUGUGUGGCAUCAGGCGGUGGCGUCUUCCGUACUUUUGAUGGUGCCUCUCUUCGUUUACCUGCCUCAUGCUCCUUUGUUCUUUCAACGAUCUGUCACAAGCUGCCUGAGUUAUCUUUUCAACUCAUUGCCAAUUUUGACAAGUGGAGUACACCCAACCUAACCACCAUCUCCCAUGCUUACCUCUACAUCAACGAGGAGAACAUUCUCAUCUCUGGAAACACAGUUAAGGUAAAUGGUACGCCCGUGUCCGUACCUUUUGUCACAGGUCUAAUGACACGAGUAUCCACAUCAGAGGGAUUCCUGGUGAUCGACACUCCCCAGGACAUCCAGGUGCGUUAUAACCGAUUCAACACCCUCAGCAUUACAAUGGGCCCACGGCUGCAGAACAAGGUGUGUGGACUGUGUGGGAACUUCAAUGGGGACCCCACUGAUGAUUACAUCACCUCUCGUGGAAAACCUGCCGUCAGUGCACUGGAGCUGGCUCAGAGCUGGAAAACCAACGGCAUGCAGAACAGUUGUGAUGAGACGCAGUAUGUGGCCCUGGCUCAGUCCUGUGAUAAUACAGCAGUAUCAGAGCUCCAGGGAGAAGACAACUGUCUGAAGCUCACAGAUUUGAAAGGUUUCUUCCAGCCCUGCCACGGCCUGCUGGACCCUCACCCCUUCUACCAGUCUUGUUACAUGGACGGCUGCUACAACCACCGUAGGGCCCAGGUGUGCGGCUCGAUGGCAGCCUACGCUGAGGCCUGCCGCUCUUUCGGCACACUUACCACCAAGUGGAUCGCCCAGGAGAACUGCUCAGAAUGGAUCUAUGACCCCUGUGCAGGAGAGAUUUGCUCGAACAACACAUGUGAGCAGGAGAAUGGAGGAGAUCUGUGUGGCUGCCCUGAGCUACCCAGCACUGAAAUUAGUGAGGAUGACAUAAUCCAGGCAGAGGUGACCUGUAAACACGCUCAGAUGGAGGUUUCUAUCUCUAAGUGCCGUCUGUUCCAGCUGGGCUUUGAGAGGGAAGACGUACGAAUUAACGACCAGCACUGUGCUGGUAUCGAGGGAGAGGAUUUAAUCUCCUUCCAUAUCAACAAUACCAAGGGACAUUGUGGCUCUAUUGUACAGUCAAAUGGAACACAUAUUAUGUACAAGAACACGGUGUGGAUCGAGAGUGUGAACAACACAGGGAAUGUAGUGACACGUGAUAAGACCAUCAACGUGGAGUUUUCUUGUGCUUAUGAACUGGACAUCAAGAUCUCGCUGGAGACAGUAUUGAAGCCAAUGCUCAGUUAAUAAACC